UCAUUGAAACCAAAAUGUCAUCAAACAAAACACCGGCACCAAUCGACUAUAAGAAUUUUGGUCUGCCGACCAGUGUUCGAAAUCUGUAUUUGAAUGCCGACAUUGCUGAUGUGAACUUCAUUAUCAGAUCUGCCGAUGGAUACCAUUACCAAAUGCCAGCCCACAAAGUUCUAUUGGCCGCCAGAAGUGACGUCUUUAAAGCAAUGUUCUACGGAACGGUGAAGGAGGAAGGUGAUGUGAAGAUUGUCGAUGCCACGGUUGCUGCGUUCAAGGAAUUCUUACAAUUCUUCUACUUCGGUCGAGUGAGCCUUACAAUGGAAAAUAUAGGCUAUGUCAUGAACCUGGUCAACAAGUACAACAUGCCUGAUGGCAUGAAUGUCUGUGUCUCGUUCUUAACAGACACACUUACCAACGAAAGCGCAUGCACUGCUUACGGUCUAGCAAUCCUACAUGAUCAAGAUGAUCUGAAGCAAUUUGUUGAGCAAAAAAUCGGUUGGAACACGAAAGCUGUCUUCGAAUCAGCAAGUUUCUUGCAAUGCAACCAUGCAAUUUUGAGUCACAUUUUGAAUAUCGAUGUACUCUCUUGUCCGGAAGUGGAGGUAUUUAAGGCAUGCAUCGCCUGGGUAAAAGCAGCAAGUGGCCAACAAAUCGUUACAAAAGAAAUCGUUCAAACUCAUCUUGGGAAUUUGUUUUACGCGAUUCGAUUUGGAUUGAUGAAAAUUCACGAAUUUGCCGCAUUGGUUCCAGAGUACGACAACUUGUUUUCAAAAGAAGAGUACAAAGAAAUCAUUCAAAUGAUUGGAUGA